AUGACGCCGCUGCAGGUGGAUCGGUUUCUGCGGGAGCAGCGGCUGGAGGAGUUAUUUAGAAAGCUAAACAACGGCAUAUUAGAGUUCUUUGAUGCUGACAUUCGUCCUCCUUCUCCUCCUCCUAUAUAUGAUAAAAAUGGUGGCAGAGUAAACACCAGAGACUACCCAGACUACAACUUCAUGGGUAUUAUCAUCGGUCCUCGCGGCUGCAACCACAAACGGUUGGAGGCGGAGAGCGGCUGUACUAUUUCUGUUCGAGGCAGAGGCACUCAGAAAGAAGGAAAGCGAGAUCAUCAGACAGACGAAGAAGCCUGCAUGCCGAUGCACGUUCAUAUCAUGGGCGACACCGACGAGGCGGUGGAGGUGAGUGUAUAA